CGCUCCCAGUCUUAACCGCGAUCGCGUUGAUGACGCGUAACUUUCGAUAAAAAGUAUUUCAUUUUUUUUAUCUGUGUAGUGGUCCUUUUUAAAUGUGGAAACACCGACGGUCCGCCACGUUUCGCCAGUCUUGUUAGUUGUUCGUUCACUCGUCAUUAUUUCUUAACUUCAUAGACUUUUACCACGUUGAUCGUGUAAGUUAUAUUAAAAAUGAGUGCUCCAGCACCCGCUCCUGCGUAUAAAAUUGGAAUAGUUAAGCAGGUUUUAUCGGGAGAUACGAUUAUUAUAAGGAGGCAGCCUCAGGGUGGUCCUCCUCCUGAGAAAGUCAUCGCCCUAUCAGGUGUAACUGCACCAAAACUAGCACGUCAAAGAACUGCCAACAGUGAUGUGGAAAUAAAAGAAGAACCCUACGCAUGGGCCGCUCGUGAAUUCCUGAGAAAGAAGCUCGUUGGUAAAGAGGUCAUAUUCACGGCAGAGAAACCACCAAACUCUGCUACAAGGGAGUAUGGCUCUGUUUGGGCUGGCAAGGAUCCAUCAAAAGAUGAGAAUGUGACUGAAACAUUGCUAUCUGAAGGCUUGGUAAAAGUUCGAGAUGGAGGCAGGAAUAUACCGCACCUGAAAAGACUAGUAGAAAUUGAAGAUAUUGCUAAAUCCCAAGGCAAGGGCAUCUGGAGUUCAGACACGCAAGAACAUAUUCGUGAAUUGAAACCGACCAUCGAUAACCCCAAACAAUUUGUCAACAAACACAAUGGACACCCCGUCAAAGGUAUCAUUGAAUAUGUGCGAGAUGGAUCAACAGUCAGGAUCUGCUUAUUACCUGACUUCCAUCAGAUUACAUUGAUGCUCUCUGGAAUCAGAUGCCCACUCAUCAAACAAGAUGGCGAAUCUGAACCAUACGCCGAAGAAGCCCGUUACUUUGUGGAGUCCAAGCUACUACAGAAAGAUAUUGAAGUGGUACUGGAGUCUGUCAACAAUGCAAACUUUGUUGGCACCAUCCUUCAUCCCCAGGGCAAUAUUGCGGAGGCACUUUUACGUCAAGGAUUCGCUAGAUGCGUCGACUGGUCUCUUGCCGUCAUGAAAUCUGGUGCUUCACAAUUGAGGGCAGCUGAACGCGCCGCGAAAGAUGCAAGACUCCGUAUUUGGACUAAUUACACGAGCAAUGCUCCGAUAAUACCAGCUAAAGAUAAAGAGUUCACUGCCGCUGUAUUGGAGGUCGUGAACGGAGAUGCACUGGUCGUAAAGAUGUCCAAUAACACGUACAAGAAGAUAUUCCUUGCCAGCAUCAGGCCCCCGCGUGAAAAAAAUUAAUUUCAAACUAAUGUAAUUCAUAGGAGUGAUGAUGAAGGCAAGCAAUCACCAAGACCAAAAGGAUUCAAGCCCUUAUACGAUAUACCAUGGAUGUUCGAAGCUCGUGAGUUCCUAAGGAAAAAACUUGUGGGCAAGAAAGUGAAUGUUACCGUGGAUUAUAUCCAACCCGCCAAGGAUAACUUCCCAGAGAAAACUUGCUGCACAGUGGUCGCUGGAGGAACAAACGUUGCCGAGGCCUUAGUAGCAAAGGGAUAUGCAACAGUUGUGAGGUACAGAAACGAUAAUGACCAGAGAAGCUCUCACUAUGACAAAUUAUUGGAGGCUGAACAAAAAGCUAUGAAAGCUGCUAUCGGCGUUCACGCCAAGAAAGACAUUCCUGCUCAUCGCAUACAAGACACUAGUGGCGAUUCUGCUAAGGCUAAAAAAUUCUUCCCCUUCUUGAAGCGGGCACAAAAGACAGAAGCCACUGUGGAAUUCGUUGCAAGUGGAUCACGCAUGAGGUUAUACAUUCCCAAAGAAUCUGUGCUGGUCACCUUUUUGCUGGCCGGUAUUAACUGCCCAAGGGGUGCCCGACCAGCUGUCGGUGGAGGCGGAAUGCAGGAUGCGGAGCCAUACGGAGAAGAAGCUCUCCACUUCACUAAAGAAAAAUGCUUACAACAUGAUGUGAUCGUAACAAUUGAAGAAAUGGAUAAAGCUGGUAACUUCAUCGGCUGGCUGUGGGUUGAUAAUGAAAAUUUAUCCAUAUCACUUGUUGAACAUGGCCUCUCUUCAAUACAUCACACCGCAGAAACAUCUGAGUAUGCUAGAGUGAUCAAAACUGCAGAAGAGAAUGCCAUUAAGAAACGCAUUGGAAUAUGGAAAGAUUACAUGGAAGCAGACAAAGAAACCGAAAGGGAACGAAAUGCGCCAGUGCAGGAUCGUGUCAUGAAAUACGAGAAGGUUAUCAUUACAGAAGUGACUGCAGAAGGCAAUUUUUAUGCCCAAAAUGUCGAUUUAGGAGGAAAGCUGGAGGCAUUGAUGGAGAAAAUUCAUCAGGAUUUCAAAACCAACGCUCCUCUGCCAGGCUCUUACGUACCACGAAGAGGCAACAUUUGCGCAGCACGUUUUACAUUGGAUGACCAGUGGUACAGGGCUAAGGUGGAGAAAAUCACUGAUGAUAAACUCGUACACAUCUUGUACAUUGAUUAUGGAAACAGAGAAAUCGUGAACUGCACCAGAUUAGCAUCUCUUCCUGCUGGAACAGAAAGCGAUCCACCAUAUGCCACUGAGUAUCUAUUGUGCUGUGUGAAGUUUCCAUCUGAUCCUGAUGACCGUUCUGAGGCUGUGUCUGUCUUCGCCAAUGACACUUUCAAUAAGAAGCUCUUACUCAAUGUGGAGACUCGCGGCUCACCAGCAGCUGUCACUCUUGUUGACCCCAACACCAAUGUUGAUCUUGGGAAGAACCUGAUCAAGGAGGGCUUGGUACUGAUGGAGAGCCUCCGUGACAGCCGACUGACUGGCCUGAUAGCCGAUUACCGAGCGUCUCAGGAGCACGCGCGGAGCUCCCGCCUGAACCUGUGGCGGCAUGGUGACAUCACCGACGACGAUGCGGUGGAGUUUGGAGCGCGCCGCUAGCAGUUCCCUUACUUCGAUGCCACCACAUCGCCGUCGCACACGCUCUACUGUGCCACCUGCACAGCGCCACACACCGAAAUUAUCAUAUACACCAUCAUAUUUGAUUUUCUGUGAAGGACGUUCAUACGUACAUUGAUAAUAUUGUGCUAAUUGUUUAUCCACUUAAAUAGUCGAUGUGCACAUUUACUCAUAUUAAAUUAAAUGGCCAAACUGCAUAACAGUUUGUAGUUGUUAUCUAACUCUGAAUUGUAACUUUAUAUAACUACUAUAUUUCCUUUUUAGCAAUAUUUCUACACCAUAAUAUAUAUGCUUAUACUUUAUAAAAAUGUACAUACACAUAAAUUUGUUGAUCACUUGAUCGCAUGUUAUCUAAAUAUUUGAUGAUUCUUUUUAAAGAAUACACAUUCUUACAAUGAUUAUAAUAUUAUCUAUAUAUUUGAGUGUUAUAUUUGUAUAUCUAUGUAUUUACUUGUUCUAUCCUCGAUAGAAGUUAUAGGCAGCCUAUACAACACAUUACAUAGUCAUUCUAGUUACGGGUAGUGCAUUUUGUGUACUACUUAUUCAAUUGUACAAAAACUUUUAAAAAACUUACUAUAUUCAACUGUCGUCAAUUUCUUCAAUUAGUUUACACAUAGUACCAACAUAAGUACCUAUAGAUUACAUAUACAAUUAAUAGUUAACAGUAAUAAAUCUGAUUAAAGUAGUUGUCUUUUUCGAGUGGUUGGUACAGUGGCAUUAUAUUAGGGUGAGGGUGAGAGUGUACUUUUUAGCAUAUGGGGCAUAGUACAGGGCCAGGGAACUAUCUUAUUAUCCAUAGUGAGCCACUGUUUAGUUAGCGGAGCCCCACGUGCAACACAUCCAUCCGGCCCCCACUAUCUCGUUACCACCACUGUUAAUCAUAUAAUAUUCUAUAUCGUAUACUCUUUACCUGUGUCAAUAAUAUUGAAUAUUCUCAUUAAAUAAUUAUACUGGAUGUUUUGAAUUAAAUAAAUGUUGUGUAGUUGAUUAUUGCACAUAAUAUUCACGUUGCCGCUACCGUACAGUGGAGGUAUUAUACGAUUUAUUGCAAAUUACUGUAGAUUCGACCGGGAAUUUUUAGUCCCAUUAAUCAAUUUCUAUAGACAUAAUAUAAAUUAACUGGUCAUAAUUGUCUAACAUAAUAAUAUAUAGCGAUGUAAUUUAUAAUUUUAUGAUUACAUUGCAAAUAUGUAAUGGAAGGUAAUAUAAUAUACAAAUACAUAUUGUUAAACAUAUUAUAAUAUGUAUUUAGAGUUGCAGUUAUGUAUAUCAGGCAUGUAACGUAGAAUUACGACUCGUUAUUAUUUAGUAAUUUAUUCGUGAUAGCGUAUGUUAUAAACUAUAUCAAUUUAAAUUAUAUGUAUAUUACAGUCUACAGAGUUCUCUUUCUACACAUACUUCUCGUUUCUUUUUAUGGAUUACUCAUACUGUACUAUUUCGUGCUACUCUUUCUAUACUAAGACUGGGCAAAAUUAUUUACAAAUUAGUUUAUAUUGUGAAGUGUUUGACACAAAUAGGGACACAAAAUAGCCUAUGUUGAAUCAGCAAUGCUGAAUAAAAACAACCUAAGUUUUCUAUUUUUGUAAUUUAAAAUAUUCAAAUAUUCACUGGUAAAUUAAUAACACGUCAAUCAAUGAAAUACAGGAUAUGUUA